CUCCUGGUCGAUCUACUCUGUAACUCACUUCUUUCUUCGUAAGAAAGGGUCUUUGUAAAUAAUUCUUUUAAUAUAAAGCCAUCAUCACUCCUCGUUUGUACUGGCAUCGGGGUUAGGGGUUAUCAUUCAGCUUCUUGAUUUGAUUUUAGAUGCUGGGUUCGGCAUCAGUUGCAAGAAACCCUAAAUAGCAAUUCAUUUUACUGGUGAGUUCUCGAAAUCUUAUAUUGUUCCUAUUCCAAGAUUUGAUUUUGUUCAGCUCAGUCAAUGUGAAAGUGCUGCUGAGACAUUGGGCUAUUCUUGAUUCUCAGUCGUUGGAUUUUCAUGCUGAAAUGUGCAAAUCUUGCGGUUGAAUGGCGGUCUUUUGGGAGAUGUAGUUCGAUUGCAGUGAUAUGAGACGUUGAAUAUGAGCGAUGGAGGUAGGGAGAAUGUAAGAGGAGUUCAAAACAGCUGCGGGACGUCAAAGAGGGCGAAGGUUGCAGUCAAAGACGAAUUUGCCCAGGCAAUUGCUAGAAUUGCAGUUUCACAGAUAUGCGAGGGUGUAGGGUUUCAGAACACCCACCAGUCUGCUUUGGAUACUCUCUCAGAUGUUGCUGUCAGGUACAUACAAGAUGUAGGGAAAUGUGCCAAUUUGUGUGCAAAUUCAGCAGGUAGAAGUCAGUGUAAUUUGUUUGAUGUGAUUGAAGGAUUGGAAGAUUUGGGCUAUGCCCAGGGGUAUACUGGUGCUUCCGAUGUUAAUCAUUGUGCUUUAAAUUCAGGAGCAAUCAAAGACAUCAUUCGGUUUGUAGAUGAAGCUGAAGAAAUCCCUUUUGCCUGUUCUGUCCCUAGGUUCCCAGUAGUUAAAGAAUGCAAACUUAGUCCUACUUAUGUGCAAACUGGAGAAGCCCCACCUGAACAUGUACCUGCUUGGUUACAGGCAUUUCCAGAUCCCAAGAGUUUGGAUUUGGUUGAAAAUAGAGAAGUAGAUAAUGGGAUUGUUAAGGUUGGGCAGGUUGAUGAUCUGAGAAUUGAAAAAAGACCUCUUCCAAAUUUUCACCAGCAGUUGGGUGUUAAUGGACGUGAAGAUGCUGCUUCUGAGGAAAAAAUAGUAGCUGAUCGCAACCCAUUUCUUGCACCACCACUGCAAUAUGGGGAGAAAAAGGUCUCCCAAGUUGCUCUUCCAGCUAAAUUUUUAGAUGACACCUUAGUGAUUCCGCAAUCAGAUCAUCCAAUUACAAGAUUACAUGAGUCUGAAUUAGAUGGCGCCAUUGAAGCAGUUCAGAGCAGGUCAUGUCAUCAUGUGGAUGGUGAGAAAAAUGUUGUCUUGGAAAGGAGAGAUGCAGUGAGAUUCCGUUUAGAAAGUGGAAGAAAGACAUUAGUUAGAGCAGCAAGCGUAUGGGGUGAGAGUGAUGAGGAACUAGUCUCUCGGGCCGUUAAUGAUAAUGAAAAAGUUAAUGGGAAAAGAACGUCCGAGGAAAUUAACAAUAGUUCCAUGAAUAAUUCGCAGGAGCAGGCUCAAUUGUAAAGUAGGCAUGUUUUGUUAGACCUAGUAUACUCAUUUAACGAAAUGGGAGGCAAACACUGCUUCCAUGAGAGUCAAUGUAGAGGAUAUGUGUCCUUAUAUGAGGUUUUACAGACUGCUAGAGAGGUGUUUUUCCACUUAACAAUCCAUUGAGGUAUGUUUGUUUUAGGCAUGUCUUGGAACCUUUGUACUUGAUCACUUUUCUUAAUGAUACCAAUUGUGUUGCACAAUUUUGAAUUGGUGAACAAUAGAAUUUGAAGUGCGUAUGUAUUUAUUUACAGACACACAUUUCUGGCCAGUUUUCUGCAAAUUGUAGUAAAUGUCCAAGAUGAUCUGUAAUGUUGGCAAAAUUUAGUCAAUGAGAGUGGUUGAUUAGAUUAACAAAGAUAUUCUGUAAAUGUCUUUACAAAAGCAAGAGUGUAAGAAAAUGAUACUCCGUAUUAAAUAGAGAGUUAUGUUUUUUUUUUGUAAAUAGCUAGUUAAGUAAGUUAAAAAUCCUGAUUCUAUCACAAAACUAGUGUUUAUCUUGAAUUUUCCACAUGUGACUUUGUUGUAUGAUUACAAAUUGUUCUUAAAUUUUGUGAAUAUAGAUAAGCCUGGUAAAGAUAAGCCCUCUGAAUAUAAAAGUUAGAUUAAAAGGCCAAAUAGGCCCCUGGACCUAUACGAAUUGCUCAAUUCGCACCCCAAACCUAAAAAAGGUCUGAUUCAGGCUACCAGUUCAAUCCCUUCUCGUAGCUGAUAAGCUCCUGUUUUCUUCCUUUACACACUUAGUCAGCAGGUUAUACAUUUCAUUUUAAGCUGACUCAUUAUGUCCUUUGGAGACCAACGAAGUCGUAACAAAGAGAAAGAGAUGUCUGCUUCAUCUUCAUCUUCAUCUUCACUGGGAAGAAAAGUGGCUAGAAGUUUUAUGAAUGCUAAAGAUGGAAGGUAAGAAUUCGUAAAACUGGUUUUUGAUUGUAACAGGAGGGUUAAUACAAAAUUCUUUGAUUUUAGUAUGGAUUGGGAUGCGGGUAUUUUGUGUGGAAAGAAGAUGUCCCAUGCCACCAUGAAGACAAUGACAAACAACUUUGUGUUUGUCAUAUUAUUGUGCUUGAGAGGUUGAUUUUAGCUAGAUCGAAAGAGUCCGCGAUUGAUGAGCUGAAGAUGUUGAUUUUAGCUAUGUAAUGUGAUAUAGAAACCCUCAAAAGACGUGGUGAAAAUGAAGCUAAAGAGAAGCAAUUUUGGAAGAAAAUGUAGCAAGUAGUUGUCAUUUUUGUUGCAACAGCUUUUAUUGUGAAGAAAAUGUAAAAGUUCAGAGUAGUAAUGUACUAUUGUGUUGAAUGUAACACUAGUAAUUUACCCCAUAUCCAUGGUAAAUGUAGUGUUGUUUGAUUGCAACUUGCUACUAAUGGUAUUGUUGAUUACAUUGAAUUUACCUCAUAUCCAUGGUAAAGUUUGUUGCCUAUUAUGACAAUGUAUCUCAUAUCCAUG